AUGGAGCUCUUCCCCCUCUGUCCUCCCUCAGGUUUUGGGAUCCUGCAGGCCAUAAUGGAGUCGGCGGUGGCCAAUAACUGGCAGGUGACGGCUCGCUCCGUGGGGAGCAUCGUGGACCCCACCGAGUACAGACGCAUCAUCGAGGAGAUGGACCGCCGCCAGGAGAAGCGUUUCCUCGUCGACUGCGAGGUGGACCGGAUCAACCUGAUACUGGAGCAGGUGGUGACCUCCGGAAAGAACACCAGAGGAUACCACUAUAUCCUCGCCAACCUGGGUUUCUCCAACAUGAGCCUGGACAGGGUUUUUUCUGGUGGGGCCAACAUCACAGGCUUUCAGAUCAUCAGUCCGGACAGCCCCAUCGUCCAGCAGUUCCUCCAGCGCUGGGAGCGACUGGAUGAAAGAGAAUUUCCAGAAGCCAAAAACACGCCGCUGAAGGUCCAAGUACAAGGUAUGACAGGAAACAUCCAGUUUGACACAUUUGGGAGACGAUCUAAUUACACCAUUGAUGUGUAUGAGAUGAAGCCAGCGGGCCCCAGGAGGAUCGGCUACUGGAAUGAGUACGAAAAAUUUGUAUAUAUAAUGGAUCCCCAGGUCACCAACGAGUCCUCUUCUGUGGAAAACCGAACAAUUGUGGUCACUACUAUUAUGGAAGCCCCGUAUGUGAUGUACAAGAAAAACUAUAUGCAGAUGGAGGGGAAUGACAGAUAUGAAGGCUACUGUGUCGAUUUAGCUGCUGAAAUUGCAAAGCAUGUGGGGAUAAGAUUUAAGCUGUCAGUAGUGCCCGAUGGGAAAUACGGAGCCCGAGAUCCAGAGACCAAGACGUGGAACGGGAUGGUGGGUGAACUGGUUUAUGGGAGAGCUGACAUAGCCGUGGCUCCGCUAACCAUAACUCUGGUGCGCGAGGAGGUGAUAGACUUUUCUAAACCCUUCAUGAGCUUGGGCAUCUCCAUUAUGAUAAAGAAGCCCCAAAAGUCCAAGCCGGGGGUGUUCUCCUUCCUGGACCCGCUGGCCUAUGAGAUCUGGAUGUGCAUAGUGUUCGCCUACAUCGGCGUGAGCGUGGUGCUCUUCCUGGUGAGCCGUUUCAGUCCUUAUGAGUGGCAUCUGGACGAGAACGACGAGGCCAAAGACCCCCAGAGCCCCCCCGACCCUCCCAACGACUUUGGCAUUUUUAAUAGCCUGUGGUUCUCCCUGGGCGCCUUCAUGCAGCAAGGGUGCGAUAUCUCACCAAGGUCUCUGUCCGGGCGCAUCGUGGGGGGCGUGUGGUGGUUCUUCACCCUCAUCAUCAUCUCCUCCUACACGGCCAACCUGGCCGCCUUCCUCACGGUGGAGAGGAUGGUUUCUCCCAUCGAGAGCGCCGAGGACCUGGCCAAGCAGACGGAGAUCGCCUACGGCACCUUAGACUCAGGCUCCACCAAGGAGUUCUUCAGGCGCUCCAAAAUAGCCGUCUACGAGAAAAUGUGGUCGUACAUGAAAUCGGCCGAGCCCUCGGUGUUCGCCAAGACCACCCCGGAGGGGGUGUCCCGGGUUCGGAAGUCGAAGGGAAAGUUCGCCUUCCUGCUGGAGUCCACCAUGAACGAGUACAUAGAGCAGCGCAAGCCCUGCGACACCAUGAAAGUGGGCGGCAACCUGGACUCUAAGGGCUACGGCGUGGCCACCCCCAAAGGCUCAGCAUUAAGAAAUGCUGUUAACCUGGCAGUGUUAAAACUGAAUGAGCAAGGCCUCUUGGACAAAUUGAAAAACAAAUGGUGGUACGACAAGGGAGAGUGCGGCAGCGGGGGAGGUGACUCUAAGUCCCAGUCCCAAACUCCUGUAAACCUUGCAGUAUUGAAACUCAGUGAACAAGGCAUCUUAGACAAGCUGAAAAACAAAUGGUGGUACGAUAAGGGUGAAUGUGGAACCAAGGACUCUGGAAGUAAGGACAAGACAAGUGCUCUGAGCCUGAGCAACGUGGCGGGAGUCUUCUAUAUUCUGGUCGGGGGGCUGGGUCUGGCUAUGACCGUGGCUCUCAUAGAGUUCUGCUACAAGUCACGGCAGGAAACCAAAAGGCUGAAGCUGGCCAAGAACGCCCAGAACUUUAAGCCAGCCCCUCCGGCCAAUGCCCAGAAUUACGCCACGUACCGCGAAGGCUACAACGUGUACGGGACAGAGAGUGUUAAGAUCUAG